UUUGAUUUGCUGACAGCUCAGAGUCCGACUGGACAGACUUCAUUCAGGUUAAACUUCCUCCUAUUCCAGAAAAAUGUCCUCUUUCUCCCUGUUGUUCUUGUCGUCGAUAGCGCUGGUCUGCAGUGCUACAGUCUGUCCGUGCGAGAGACCGGAGCUCUGUCAACAGAUCCGUGAGGAGAGAGACUUUGAGGUGUUUGUGUUUGACGUGGGUGGAAAGACAUGGAAGUCCUACAACUGGAGCAUGGUGACCACUGUGGCAACGUUUGGGAAAUAUGAUGCUGAACUCAUGUGUUACGCUCACUCCAAGGGAGCGCGGGUUGUACUUAAAGGUGACGUUCCCCUCUCCCAUAUUGUGGACCAAGAAAACAGGACGGCUUGGAUAACAGAGAAGGUCAACUUGGCCAAGAGUCAAUUUAUGGAUGGGAUCAACAUCGACAUUGAACAAGCAGUGGAGGAGGGCUCGCCAGAAUACCAUGCUUUGACAGACCUGGUCGCAGAGACCACUGAGGCCUUCCACAGGGAGAUCCCAGGUUCCCAGGUCUCAUUUGACGUUGCCUGGUCACCGAAAUGUAUCGACAAGCGCUGCUACGAUUAUGUCACCAUUGCUGAAUCCUGCGAUCUGCUGUUUGUGAUGUCCUACGAUGAACAGAGCCAAAUCGUGGGGGACUGUAUUGCAAUGGCAAAUGCCCCACUCUCUCAAACACUGGAUGCGUACGACCAGUAUUUGAAUCUGAAGAUUGAUCCGAAGAAGCUAGUGAUGGGGGUGCCAUGGUACGGCUAUGACUACCCAUGCCUAAACCUCUCCCAGGAGGGAAUAUGUUCUAUAGCCAAAGUUCCUUUCCGUGGAGCCCCGUGCAGCGAUGCAGCUGGAAAACAGAAAACAUACAAGUGGAUCAUGAAACAGGUCAACAUCUCAAUAUCCGGCAGGCUCUGGGACAACGAGCAGCAGGCUCCUUACUUCAACUACAAGGACCAGGGAGGACUGAGUCAUCAGGUUUGGUAUGACGACCCACAGAGUAUUUGUCCCAAGGCAGACUUUGUGAAAGCUAGAAGUUUGAGGGGCAUUGGCAUGUGGAACGGCAACAUCUUGGACUACGGCGAUGAACUGGUUGCCAGGCAGGAGACCGCAAUGAUGUGGAAUGCUCUCUUAGGAUGCUAGCUGGGACACACUUAACACUGCUGCAGAAAUCCAGUCACCUCUGAGCCCACUGUUUGUUGCUAAGUCAAUAUAACCCUCGUGUUGCUGUUGUCUUUGAAUGUAGUUACAUCUCAGACAUUCCUCUGUGCUAACUGACAUAACUGUAAUUCUCUGUAAAAGAACCAAUCUUUUAAAUAUGGCACACACACAAUCACAGUGUUUUUGAUUGACCGAUAUAGAGCUUACUGAGAUCUGUGCACUUUAUAUUUUUCAUAAGUAAAACAUUUUCGGAUCUGUAAAUCAUUGAAGUUACAUAAACAUUUUAGUAUUAGCUUUCUUCCUUUAGCAACGAGCUUACAGCACCUGAGAAAAGUACGCUUGAGAAGAGAAGUCAACAGAAUUAACACUGUGAAUACAAACAGCACAUGGAGUAAUAAUAACAUUCGGUAAAGCAACACCACAAAUAUACAAAACUCAGGUAUAAAAUAGUAAGCCUUGUAGAAAAGCCAAUGGCAUAAAAUCAAAACAUAAAAAAAUCAACACUUUAAUACGUUUUCAGUUACUCAUACAUUUAACACAAUCCAUCUGUCCCAGCACAGUUAAGGCCCGCCAACAGUCUUGUUCACAGUUCUGUGUAUGCUAAAUUAGAUGGCGGUGCUUUGGUCCGUCCCUUGUGGUGUUUCCAAAGCCUAGAGAGGCUGUGAGACCAGGAUGAGAGGACUGGCUCUUCUUCUGUGCCAACUCAGCCUUUAGGGCCCUCAGCUCUGUGGCCGCUUGUUUCCUCAACUAUGCCAUCAUUCAUGAAAAAAAACAUGGGUUGUUAAUACAAUUUUUUCAAUACAAGGCCUUCAAACAAGAACAAUGGAACUCAUUUAACUUUCAAAGUAAAGAUUUGUGCAUUAUCACAGUGGUGCAGGGUUUCUUUAAAUAAAAUGUGCAUUUGUGUAGACAGUGUUAAGCUCUGCUUAUUAGAUGAGAUUGUGCAGUGUAAUUUUGGGCUAUAUAAAAAAAUUCUAUUUUGACAUGUAAGUAGCAAAAUGGAUAUAGGGCUUAAUAAUAAUCAAAUAAUUAUUUAUUUAUUGUUCAAAUAUGCGGAUUGCUCUUUAGUCCUCACUAGUGAUGAUCUGGGCUGGGCAAUUAGAAAACAUUGAUAAUUAUCGCAAUAUAAUUUUCCUCACUAACAAUAUAGUAUAUGUUCAAUAAAUGUUUGAUUCAAUUUAAGUCACAAAUGAAUUUGAACUUAAUUUUUCUAUUAAGAUAGUUAUUUUGUUAAUUUGUUUUAUUUGUUAAUUUUACACAUGCAUAUUUGUUGAUAAAAGAUUUUUAUCAUAAUUGUUUUGAAUGUUCUACAUCAGAUUUGUGAAGUGAUCCACUGUUUGGCAACAAGUGUUUGUCAUAUUCUGACCACAAAGAAAAGUGUAAAACCACAAUUAUCCAUCUGGUUUCUUCAACUUUCACUCAGGAGCAAAAAUCAGCUUUUAAACUUUAAAAAAAUAAUGACUGGACAUUUAUCGUGAUAAUUAAUAUUGAAUGAUAUGAAAUUGUUUAUCAUGAUAACAUUUUUGGCCAUAUUGCCCAGCCCUAGUGAUGAUUUCAAAUGUUCUUAAAGCACAGUAUGUAAUUUGUUUUAAAUUAAAUAGCACUUUCCAGUGUGUGUGUAAGCACAAAUAUCAAUAUUUGUAGGAUGUUGAAAAGGGACACAAAUGUGUGGUACAAGAUUUUUUCCAGAUAUGUCUCUUGACCAACUAGUUAUCAACAUCCUUUGUUGUACAACAGCUACUUUUGUUUAUAUGUUCUAGAAACAGUUGGGAGAGAUUCAUACCAGAUCAGUUACCUUUAUCUCUGUAACCAGCUUCAUCUUGGCAUCCUCUACCUUCCUCUUCAGGUUAUCAAUCUCAUGGCUCUCUGUCAUGAUCUGAAUGAUGAGCUCAUUCUGAAAUUUCAUUAAGUCACUUGUCACAUGACUUUUAUAGCUUGAGAAAAAAAAAAAGGAGGGCACAAGGGAAAGCACAGGUGUUCCACUUCCAGGGCUUUGCUAUUGUGCUUCAAAGUAAUUAAAUAAAAUAAAAAACAAUA